GGAAAUAUUUAACAAAGCAAAUCUCGCCGGCCCUUAGAUUGUCGUUGAAAUGGACGACAAAACUGCCAGCGAAAUUCGAAUUCGAAUUCGAAAUUCUUAUUCCUCCUUCCCCUCCCCGUGAAAACCCCGGAUCCGGGGGAUUCUCCCCUUUUGCAGCCCCUCUGGAUAGGCCUGCCUCUGGCGAGUAUGGAGACCCCAAUCAAGUGAGGCUGGGAUAGAGUUAUCGUAUAAUGAGAAAAUUCAGUGCCGAAGAGUAAUCAACAUUCAUGUAUGGUGCUGAUGGUUUUUAACGUUGAAAACAAAACCGAACACUUUACUCGAUCGGCCAUCUUCUUCUUAUUCAGCCUUUGUUCCGUUCGGAAGCGGGGUUCGUCUUUAUUGGUUGCGUCAUUUUGUCUGGUUUUGGCUUUCAAACCAAACUCUAGUGUAUCAAGUUAUCAUUGUUUCGGUCGACCUUUUAGUCGUUUUCCAUCGACUUUGAUGUCCAGACUAAUAUUGUUGCCUCAGUUAUUUCGUGAGUGACGUCCGGGCAAUACAGUGAGGAAUCAGCCAGUGCUCGAAUUACCCGGACUUGAACUUGACGCGGAACAUGGAUUACGGUUUAACGCUUGUCGCGUUCUUACUGAACCUUAUCGGAAUUCUACUAACCCCAGUCUACAUAUUCCUCGAGUGGUUGAAGAAAGGCGACAAGGUCCCUCCAAUUACGGACAAUUUGCUGUUGAUACCAGUUACGGAGCUUGCCGCCAAGAUCCGGGUUCAAGAGGUAAAAUCGGAGGAAGUAGUUCGUGCGUAUAUAGAGCGAAUAAAGUUGGUUGAGCCAAUCAUCAAUGCCGUUGUGGAAGACCGAUUUGAGGCUGCUCUCAAGGAUGCAAGAAGUGCUGAUGAGAUGUCUACCUCCACGGACCGAACGGAGCUCGAGACCAAAUAUCCACUUCUAGGCGUUCCAUUUACCGUUAAGGAAAGUUGCGGAUUGCAAGGCUUCUCUCAGUCGGCAGGAUCACUUACACGAAAAGGAAGAAAAGCAAUAUUCGACGGAGAAGUAGUUACAAAUUUAAAAUCCGCCGGAGCAAUCCCCCUUCUAGUCUCGGCAAAUCCUGAAUAUUGUGUUAGCUGGGAGACCAACAACUUACUGAAAGGAGCCUGCCGUAAUCCUUAUAACACUAGACAUUCGCCGGGCGGAUCGUCUGGUGGUGAAGGAGCAUUAAUCGCUGCUGGCGCAUCUCCGUUCGGAGUUGGAUCAGAUAUGGCCGGUUCAAUCCGUAUUCCGUGUGCUUUUAAUGGAAUAUUUGGACAUAAACCUACAGGAGGCUUACUCUCCACCAAUGGACACUUCCCUGGCAAUACAGAUCCUGAAUUCAGUACCUAUUUACAAACGGGUCCAAUGUGUCGAUACGCAGUUGACUUGCCUAUGAUUUUGGAAAUUAUGGCGGGCGAGAAGGCGAAAAUGAAACUCGAAAAUGAACUCCAUUUGAAAGACAUUAAGGUGUACACAACCAGCGGUUAUGGAAGAAGAGCAAUUGGAAAUUGUAUAUCACCAGAAAUAGAGAGAGUGAUGCAAGAAGGUGCAUCCUACUUCCGACAAAUCGGUAUGGAUGUGAAGGAGGUAAAACUUUCAUCUAACAUUGACGACUCCUUAGAAGGUAGUUUAGCCAAAUUUUUGGAAAUGAAUGAUAUACCGGAUUUGCUCCAGCAUCCUGAUGAUCCAAAGAUGCGCGACAAUCUGUUCGUAGAAUUUGCGAAGCAUUUAAUCGGAAUACCAAAGUACACACUUGCGGCGCUUAUUUUCAAAGUCCUUAAGGAAACUGGUGGAUUUAUGACUGCCGCGAGUAGGAAACUGCACGGCGAGAAACUAUCUAUCUUGAGAAAAGAGCUGCUUGAUCUACUGGGAGCUGAUGGUAUACUGAUUUUUCCAACGAUUCAUUGCACAGCAUUCACGCAUCAUGAAUCUUACACAAAUAUGCCCGGAGUGAUGUACACAAUGUUUUUCAAUGUGAUAGGAUUUCCAGGCACUCAUAUUCCCUUAGGACUAUCAAAGCGGGGACUUCCAAUCGGAUUUCAAGUGGUUGCGGCGCCAUAUAAAGAUAAAUUGUGUCUAACAGUUGCUACAGAGUUAGAAAAGAAGUUUGGCGGAUGGAUACCACCGUCAUGAAAUGUUUGGGAGCAUGAAUCAUAAAAUGGGGAGGAAGGCUUAUCAACUAUAUAAAUAUUUGUGCUAUUAUACAUAUACAUGCAUACAUAAAGAAGAAAAAGACUAGUCUUAUUAAUUGUUUUAGUUAACAUAUAAGUAGUCAGCACUGGUUAGGGCUUUUACGCUUAGUCAUAAACAUACAUAUAAUUUACUCAAGUUAUUGUAAAAGAUGAAAUGCGUAUUAUUCAGUAUAGAGAAAGGAGAAAAUAUACUUCUACGGACAG